CCCUGUCCCCGAAAUGGAACACAGUACGUUGCACCUCAGAAUCAGCCGGCUGCUGCUUGGGAAUUGGCAUCACAGCCACAUGAGGCUAGGAGCACCACGAUCAACAUUUUCUUGCAAACGCUCACAGCGUACGACUUGCAGCAUGAUAUCAGCCGAUGUGGGGGUGUUCUGCUAUCAGCGCAUCAAGCAUCAUACGGCGGAGGGAGCGAGACCCUGUCUGAGAUUGCCCAGAGGUGCAUCCGUACGGCAAACUCGACUGCAGUCUUCCACCUCCACUUUAUCGUUGCGCUCAUAACACUCAGCUUCAAGUGUGCAAGUCUGUCUAACUGGAAAGAAUCCGUCAACCUCGCUGCCCUACACAGAGAACACCUGAGCCAAGAUGCCAACUCACCAUCUGUGCGAACUCUGCAGUACUGGUACGCCGGUGGUAGCAAGCUCAUAUCGCUUGCCGCAGGAGGAUCAUUCUACAUGCUGCUCUGGCUGGCCUACACUGAUCUACGAACGCCAUUCAUUGAGGCAGACGGCAAUAUAGCGUACGAUCUCGCAAAUAUACUUCGUAACCCGAAUAGCGAGAGCUCUGCAGGACGACUUGUCCAGAGCACCAUCAUACCAACGCUGGCGUUUCUCAGCCAACAAUGCCCCGUCAAACUCGGUGAAUUUUUCUCGACGAAUUUGCUCUCAGAGCUGGCGAUCUCUGCAGAGACCCUGUGCAGCGAUCUGAGCACAUCUGAUCGUCUCUUCGACGCUCUGCCCUCAAAUUCAUUCCGAGCUCUUCCUCGCUCUUCCCUUGCCUGGGCCGCUUUUCAGUCACUAGCGCAGCCAGCGUUCAAGUUGACAGUGCCUCUCCUGACGACGCAGGUCACAUGCGUCACUUCACUGUUUGACCCUCAGCAAGCCACCAAUCGACAGUGUGUAGCGUCGUCGGACAGACAGAAGAACUCGAGAUGGACGGAAAUUCAAAGAGAAUUCGCUAAGGACGCAGUAGAACCGUCAACUGUCGACGGGUUAAGGAGGCUGGUAAGUUGCAUCCUACGUACCGCAGGGGUCGUUCUAACAGCCCUGAUUCUGUACGACGUACUCACCGUACACUCUUGCCACGGGGACAUUUUUGCCAGCAUAUGCAAGUCUAUGGAGCAAAGCAUGCGAGAUCGUCUCAUCGAUCGCUUGGCCGAUUGUUUUGAGCCCGACGCUCUGAAGGUAAUUGAUACCGCUCAGGAGCGCGGUGACCAUGUCUUCCAGGCACUUCAUUUCUCCUGGUACAACCGUCAUUGCAUGACUGGACACAACGCUCCGCCUGACGUACCUCCUAUGAACUUGAAGAGGACUGGUGGUUUGAAGACAAACUACCAUCAAAUGAUACCGUACCCCUCCAAGGACAUGGCGAACUCAACGAACGUCUCAAUCUACCAGUCCGUGAAGAAAAUCCUAGGUCCAGUGUUCGAGUGGCUGGAUAUGAAGUUCAAGGCGAUGAUCCCGGAUGUAUACGAGCGACUAGACGCAUACGCGUCUAUACUGCCUGGCAACAACCAGGCAGUCUCUGCGCCGUUUCUGGGCUUGGUCAUCAACCUCAACGUCUCAACUGCGGCUCACAGGGAUAGCAAGGAUGACAGCAUGUGCUUACAUCUGGAAAGUGUCAAGACCCUAUAUAAACCUAUGUAG